GUCAUUGCGAAUUGUCUCGAAAAUGGAGGUAUUGCCGCCAUCAUUUGAAACCUGAUGUGGAAUUAUGUAAAAUAUCUACCUAGAAAUACAUAUCACUAAAGGAGGCAGUCGUACUCUGUGGAAUUAGUCAAGUGUAAAGGAGGCAGUAGUACUCUGUGGAAUUAGUCGAGUGUAAAGGAGGCAGUCGUACUCUGUGGAAUUAGUCGAGUGUAAAGGAGGCAGUAGUACUCUGUGGAAUUGGUCGAGUGUAAAGGAGGCAGUCAUACUCUGUGGAAUUAGUCGAGUGUAAAGGAGGCAGUAGUACUCUGUGGAAUUAGUCGAGUGUAAAGGAGGCAGUCGUACUCUGUGGAAUUAGUCGAGUGUAAAGGAGGCAGUAGUACUCUGUGGAAUUAGUCGAGUGUAAAGGAGGCAGUCGUACUCUGUGGAAUUAGUCGAGUGUAAAGGAGGCAGUCAUACUCUGUGGAAUUAGUCAGGUGUAAAGGAGGCAGUCACUAAAGUACCCGUCUUCCUUUUGGGAGUGGUCUCUAGUCUCACCACAUCCAGAGCGUACAUGUGAUUGGCAAAGUUUGCGAUAUCCAUGAAUUUCCCUUGCUGUCUAAUCCCCAGACCAUUGAUAUGCAAAUCUCUGUAAUUCAGAUCUUCACCAGAAAGAGGCCAUUUGGUGACUUAAAUACUUCAAAGAAGUCGGUACAGGGAUUGCGUUUUACCAAGUGACGAGAAUUGGUCCGAUGGAAGACUUUUACAAACUGUAAUCCAACUGAUCACAAUCAGACAAUGGCUCUGACUUCACACGAGUUCACACAGAAAGAUCAUGUUAUAGCUGAAGAAAAGUCUCCCAUAGUGACUGCAGUGUUUUCAAAUUAUACACAAUUUUUUGAAAUCAAAUCUGAAGAUAUCAAUGCCGAAACCAAGUCUGAACAUUCUGUCCCAUCAAAUUGUGUUUUAAGCAGGGAAGAGGUGCGUGUUUUAGGCAGGGAAGAGGCGCAUGUUUUAGGCAGGGAAGAGGCACCCUCCCAGGUCACGACCUCUUCUGUUGUUACACCGUCCUGUGCUGGGAUCAAAUCUAAGGACUUGUCUGUUGACCACGAACCCAAUGAUGGAACUGUCCAAUUUGCUGGUCAAACUUCACAAAAGAAAUCUGAGAGCUGUAUGGCAUUUGAUGAUGUGUCUUUGAAUAAACGUCAUAUUUCAUUCAAAUAUAAACCAGUUUCAACCUGUAAAAGGCCUGUGGAGUUGAUAUGGAAAUGUCCGUGUGGAAAAAUAGGUCGUCAUGUCAUCAAUCUCCCUCUUAUCAAUUAUUUACCAAACACAGUCUCUGAAGCACCAGAAACCCCACCCACUAUUCCAUCAGAGACACCAGAAACCCCCUCCUCUAUUCCAUUGGAGAUGACAGAAACCCCACCCACUAUUCCAUUGGAGAUGAUAGAAACCCCACCCACUAUUCAAUUGGAGAUGACAGAAACCCCAUUCACUUAUCCAUUGAAAACUACAGAAGCCCCACCCACUAUUCCAAUGACGACGACAGAAAUCCUACCCACAAUUUCAUUAGGAACUUCAGAAACCCCACCCACUAUUCCAAAGGAGACAAACAAAACCUCACCCACUAUUCCAUUGGAAACUUCAGAAACCCCACCCACUAUUCCAAUGGAGACAUCAGAAACGGUUACCCCACCCACUAUUCCACUGGAGAUGACAGAAACCCCACCCACUAUCCCAUCAGAGACACCAGAAACCCCACCCACUAUUCCAUUGGAGAUGACAGAAACCCCACCCACUAUCCCAUCAGAGACACCAGAAACCCCACCCACUAUUCCACUGGAGACAAUUACGGAAAUUCUAAAUAUGGAGACUGAUCAAGAAGUUGCAGAUACGAGGUCAGAGGGAAGAGUGAAAACAUGUUCCAAAAAGAGGCCAGAUAGAUUCUGUCCUUACUGCAAACUCAUUAUAAAAGGAGGAAAGUUGAAGCGACACAUUUUCAGAAAGCACAGAAAUGAACCAGAAGUGCGAUUAAUGAAUUCCAAACCUUGCCGUGUUCAAAAUAAGUUUCUUGACACAAAAAGACGUGAAGGUAUUUACGAAUACAAUCUACAACUUAUUGGCGAUGGGUUAGACCCGGUCAUGAGGGAGAGAAAAUCCAUACAAGAAGUCCAGCUUAGAGUGUGUACUGAAUGCAAGGGUUUCUACUCCAGAAAAUUCUUCUAUAAGCAUAAAUGUGUAUUCAAAGGAGACUGUUUGCGUGAAGCCUUCAAGCCCAAGCUGCUUCAGGAAGUGACACCCGAUGAAAUGAAUUCCGAUCGAGGCUUUUUACGAAUUUUGAAUGGAUUCAGAGGAGGAGAAGUGGGGGAUUUCUGUAGGACAGACAAUACUGUCAAAAUGAUCGGAUAUAAACGCUACAUUGUACUCCGGCACGAGGAAAGAAACAAGGAUGAGAUCAGAAAAACAAUCAUGACAGAUAUGAGAGAACUCUCAAAACUUUACUUCCAUUUCCGAAGCAUGAGUUGUAAAGAGAGAACAGUGGAAGAUAUGUUCAAGAUAAAACACUUGCCUGACUUGAUAGAGGCUCUCAAACGACUCGUUACAAAGGCAGAUAAACAGGAGAAAAAGGGCCAAAAAGGUUUCCUGUAUGCAGUUGUUUUGCGAUCAGUGAAAGGUCUGGAAAGCUAUUAUGCCCAAACAAUGCAAAGUGAUAAGAUAAAGGAGUUUAAAAACUUCAAAUCAGCAUUUAGAAAUUUGUCUCGUGAAUCAUAUCCGAGUGCAAGUUUACCAAGUGUGCAGAAGGUUCUUCAAGUGAAAGAAUACAUUGCAGGAGAAAUUUCCUCUACUUUGAAGAGUUACUCGGUGGAAAACUUUGCUUGGCUUAGAAGCCUUGUUGUAGCACGCCUCACAUUGUUUAAUGCAAGGAGAGGUGAAGAAGCUUCCCGAAUUCUUCUUUCUGAGUGGGAGGAAGCAGAAAAAGGAGCACGUCUGCCGGACAAUAAGGUGAUAAAGGUUACAGAUCAUGCGGAACAAUACCUAUCUGGAAAAUUCAUGUGGGCAUACUUACACGGGAAGGGAAAAAAGUAUGUUCCCAUAUUAAUUCCUAAUGACUUAUUAUCGGCAAUCCAGGUAAUCCGAAGUGACAGGCAUAAGUUCGGUGUACGAGAAGAUAAUCCCUUUUUGUUUGCGACAGAGAAUGACCCAUCGUCUUACUGUGCAGGUUGGCACGCUGUAGCUGAAGUGUGUGGGAAGACUGAUAUCCGUAUGAGUUCAGAAACAAAGAUGAGACACAGACUGUCCUCCAUUUACGCUAGCCUGGACAUGUCACCUGAGAAUCAAGAAAUAUUUCUCCUGCUCAUGAGGCAUGAGGAGCUGCAGGUUGACCGAGAAAACCACCAGAAUCCCCUCGGAACUUACUCAGAAAUCAUGAUGGGGAGAUCGCAAAGUUCUGUUGAUGAAGAGCAUUCCUCGGAGACGGACAGCAUGGAUGGACCCAGCACUCAGCCAGAAAUCGCAGAUACAAGUCCAGCCAAGACUAAGGACAACUCAGAGCAUUCCUCGGAGACGGACAGCAUGGAUGGACCCAGCACUGGAUCAGAAAUCGCAGAUACAAGUCCGCCCAAGACUAAGGGCAGCUCAGUUAGAUGGUCAAAGGAGGAGACUAAAUGUAUACGAGAGCACUUCAAGAGCUACAUCUUAGAGAGAAGCGAAAAGAAUAAAGGGAACCUGCCAAGUAAAACAGAAAUCCAGGAAUUUUUGAAGACAAACACAAUAAAAGCACUUGAAGAACUUGAUGAGAAAAAGCAAAUUCUGAAGAUGAGAACAAAAAUCUUUAAUGAAAGAAAAACUACAAGACAGCGAACAACUACAGACCCUAGAAAUCGGUGAAUAAAUAUAGGAACAUGUGAAUAAAUGCAAGAAAAAUGUAGCUGACUGAAAGAACGUUCCAUCAUAUGAGCUGUUUGUAUGUCAUCAGUAUGUCUCAGACAUCGUUACUGUAUUUGUUUGAAAGCUAUAAAUUGCGUGAAAGUGAGAUUUACUUUAAGUUUGCAUACAAAAUACAUGGAAUUAUAUAUAUAUGUUGUCGCACAUCAUUCAAAAUCUUCAGAAAAAAUAUGAUAAGGUUAGGGCUGAAAUGACACACCCCCUUCAUGAUACAAUUUACAGAAGAAACCAAUAAUAACAUUGAAGAAAAAUUUAAUUACCAAGAUUCACAAUCAUAAUUUUAAAAGCAAAAUGUUUCCAAACUGCCAAAUGGUAAGAUGCAUGUUGGCUCUGUAGUUUAAGCUGAUGAAGUGUAUUAUUAUUUUCGUAAAACUCAAAGUAAGCAUUUGUCCCCCAUGCAGGUAAAAAUAAUAAUUACAGGCCGAACCUGAUGUAUUUUACUGAACCAGUAAUAAACGUAUCGAACCAAAAAUCGAGGCAAUGAAUUGAACAUGGAAUUGAGGGUUUAUAUUAAACAGUAUCGAUAUUUUGGUGAAUCAUUUCAGGCCUAAAUUAGGUUGUACUUGAUAAAUUGUUUUUACAUUCUUUAAUGUUUCGAAAUCGGACUGAGAUUUUUGUUUUCUGAAGGCUUUAUUAUUAUGUGAUGUUCUCAGAGUAUUGUUCAGUUUAGUCAUAUUUUAUGGCAUGGAUGAGAUAUAACAAAUUUUACUGUUUCAUAUAUCAGUUUGAUGAUAAAUUGAAUAUUUUUCAUGUAAAACUUGACAGUAUCAAAGCUAUCUUGUCAUUUGUUCUAAAAAAUUAAAGCACUUUUAAAGAACAACAUCA